UGGAGCCCCAGCAGGUAACUGGUGCCCCUGUCCCCCAGAGCAGGCAGGCUCUGAGCCCCGGCUGGAGGCAGCGGGCAAGAAACCUGAGGUUCCGGAGAGGCUGGGCCUUGCCUGGGAGCUCCAUCCUGGUGUGUGCUGAGGAGCAAGGCCACGGAGGGAGCGUGGACAGCAGCAGGCAGUCCCCAGGCGUGGACAGCAGGCGUCCAGGGAGGGUCAAGAGGGGCAUUACUUUGGCACCUCCAGGAGAUUUGAGACUCAGUACCCAGCAUCUGGUGCUCCUGAGGGAGGAUGAGGUCAGGGGUCCAGGAGCCAAAGACCUGGACCUCCCCUGGCACAGUGGUCCCCUCUGGGAGGCACAGAGUGAGACGGGCACCCCAGAUGGCCCCCUCCCAGGGCACAACAUGGCAGCAUUUCAGACUUGGAGAGCUACUGCUGGACCGACCCUCCGGCCUCAUCUGGCAGAAGGCAGGGAUCUGCCAGGAGUGAGGAACAGAGCCUUGACUGGUGGACGACAAGCAGGGGCUCCCUCCCCGGCCACGGGGGCUCAUCAGUGGCCUGGCUCUGUUGGGGAGCUGCAAGGAUCUGUGUGGUGUGGCGCUGAGACCCCCAGGCUGUCGAGUGACUUGAGGACCAGCGAGCAGGUGCCCCCAUGGCUCACAGAGCAGGAUGUGCAGACCCUCCAGCUGCUGGCGCAGGGGCAGGUGGUGGGCAAAGCCAGGAUCCCUGGCCACGGGCAGGUGCUGCAGGUUGGCUUCUCCGCCAAGGGUGCCCUUCAGGACCUGUCUCCGGGGCUCAGCCACCUCUGCUCCCAGGGGCUCUGUGGCCUGAUCAAGAGGCCUGGGGACCUGUCUGAGGUCCUGUCCUUCCACGUGGACCGCGUGCUGGGGCUGCGCCGGAGCCUGCCUGCCGUGGCCAGGCGCUUCCACAGCCCCCUGCUGCCCUACCGCUACACGGACGGUGGCGCAAGGCCCGUCAUCUGGUGGGCACCCGACGUGCAGCACCUGAGUGAUCCAGAUGACGACCAGAACUCGCUGGCCUUGGGCUGGCUGCAGUACCAGGCCCUGCUGGCACGUGACUGCAGCCAGCCGGGCCAGGCCCCAUGCCUGGGCAUCCACCGUGCCGAGUGGGCACGCCUGGCACUCUUCGACUUCCUGCUGCAGGUCCAUGACCGCCUGGAUCGCAACUGCUGCGGCUUCGAGCCCGAGCCCUCGGACCCCUGUGUGGAAGAGAGGCUCCGAGAGAAAUGCCGGAACCCGGGGGAGCUGCGGCUGGUCCACAUCUUGGUCCGGAGCAGUGAUCUCUCUCAUCUGGUCUACAUCGAUAACGCCGGCAACCUUCAGCACCCGGAGCACAAGCUGAAUUUCCGGCUGCUGGAGGGCAUCGACGGGUUUCCUGAGUCUGUCGUGAAGGUUCUCGCAUCAGGGUGUCUACAGAAUAUGCUGCUCAAGUCACUGCAGACAGACCCGGUGUUCUGGGAAAGCCAAGGCGGGCAACAGGGCCUACAGCGGGUCCUCCAGACCCUGGAGCGGCGAGGACAGGUCCUGCUGAGCCACAUCCAGACGCACAACCUGACACUCUUCAGGGACGAGGGCCCGUAAGCCCCCCACGGUCUGGGCGGGACUCUCACCUCACUGCAGGGGGAAGAAGGGGGGGCAUCUCACGACAUGACCUGAGUGGAUAAGUGCCCAUCCUCACGGCCACAUUUUCUUGGGUUCACCCGUCUUGAAGACAAAAGGGAAAAGCCAGAAAUCAGGAGGGCACCAUGGAUUCCACAGGACGUGUCAUCUGCUUGGGAUGGUGGAGGAGGUGGUGGGUGUUGGGUUUUCAGUCUCAUCACAUUCUUUUCUGCCUGCUCAGCUCUGGCUAUUUACUCCCUUGCACCAAUAAAUACA